AUGGCUCAGCAAACUCCUCGCACAGAUGCCAUCACCGUGGACGGGAAAUGCUUCGCCAUCAACGGCAACAAUGUGUCCUAUCACUUCCACGUUGAUGAAACCACCGGCGACCUUCACUCAGAUCACUUUGGCGGAAGCAUCACCGGUCCUAUUCCCGAUGACCCAUCUCCCAUAAUCAAUGGCUGGACCGGUAUGCCAGACCGCGUCCGGCGUGAAUUUCCGGAUCAAGGACGGGGAGAUUUUCGCGUGCCGGCCAUUCGGAUCCGCCAGUCUCAAGGUCACACCGUGUCAGCAUUUCAAUAUCAAUCCCAUACAAUGUCGACGGGAAAGCCCAAGCUGCCUGGACUACCGGCGACAUUUGGUGCAGAAAAGGAUGUGUCGACAUUGGUAGUGCAUUUGUACGACAAGUACAGCGAGGUGGCUGCAAACUUGACAUACUCCGUCUUUCCCAGGUACGAUGCUAUUGUACGCAGUGUAAGUGUUACGAACAAGGGCAAAGGGAAAAUAUCAGUUGAAAGUUUGGCCAGUCUGAGCGUAGACCUGCCUUGUGAGGACUUCGACAUGAUCGGACUUAGGGGAGACUGGGCCAGGGAAGCACACCGGCAACGGCGCAAGGUCGACUACGGGCUGCAGGGAUUCGGAAGUACCACUGGCUUCUCGUCUCAUCUCCAUAAUCCCUUUGUCGCCCUCGCACAUCCCUCGACCACGGAGUCCCAAGGAGAGGCAUGGGGCUUCUCACUUGUCUACACUGGCUCAUUUGCUGCUAAUGUUGAGAAGGGAUCGCAGGGUUUGACUCGUGUUUCACUCGGAUUCCAUCCUGAUCAACUUUCCUGGCCUCUGAGUCCUGGCGAAACGCUCACCUCUCCCGAGUGUGUUGCUGUGUACUCCUCAGACGGGUUAGGAGGCAUGUCACGAUCUCUACACCGGCUGUACCGCGAACACCUCAUGAAGAGUAAAUUUGCCACAGCUGAUCGUCCUGUUUUACUUAACAGCUGGGAGGGUCUCUACUUCAAUAUCAACCAGGAUAACAUGUAUCACAUGGCACAGGAAUCCGCUGCACUAGGGGUUAAACUCUUUGUCAUGGAUGAUGGGUGGUUCGGCGACAAGUAUCCUCGAGUCUCUGACGCGGCGGGCCUAGGAGACUGGGUACCCAAUCCAGAGAGAUUUCCUAACGGCCUGGCUCCUCUAGUUAAGGACAUCACAGCCUUGAACGUUGCCAAUUCCUCCAAGAAUUUGCGCUUCGGCAUCUGGGUCGAGCCUGAGAUGGUCAACCCGGACUCAAGCCUGUACCAUGAACACCCGGACUGGGUCCUCCACGCAGGCUCAUACCCACGCACCGAACAACGAAACCAACUCGUGCUCAAUCUCGCCCUAUCUGAGGUGCAAGAGUUUAUCAUCGAGUCCAUUUCCAAGAUUCUCGACAGCGCAGACAUAAGCUACGUCAAAUGGGAUCACAACCGUGCCGUUAAUGAGACCCCCUCCCCAUGUGCAGUCCACGCCUACAUGCUGGGCAUGUACCGCGUGUUUGAUGUGCUGACUUCACGCUUUCCCGACAUUCUCUGGGAGGGAUGUGCCUCGGGUGGCGGUCGCUUCGAUCCAGGAAUCCUUCAGUACUUCCCUCAAGUCUGGACAUCUGAUGACACCGACGCUGUGGAGCGUAUCUUUAUUCAAAUGGGGACCUCCCUCGUGUAUCCGGCAAGUGCAAUGGGUGCGCACGUCUCUGCAGUCCCUAAUCACCAGACAGGACGCACCAUUCCCCUCACCUUCCGUGCUCACGUCGCCAUGAUGGGCGGAUCCUUUGGCCUUGAGCUCGACCCUGUGAAGAUGCUUCCCGAAGAGAAAGCAGCAGUGCCGGAGCUAAUCGCACUCUCAGAAAAGAUAAAUCCUAUUAUCCUCAAGGGGGAUAUGUGGCGGUUAAGUCUACCUGAGGAAUCUAACUGGCCGGCAGCGCUCUUUAUAUCAGCAGAUGGGGCACAGGCUGUGCUGUUCUUCUUCCAGAUGGGCCCGAAUGUCAACCACACCUUGCCGCGGGUGAGACUGCAAGGGCUGGAUCCUGAAGCCAUGUAUCGCGUGGAUGGAAAAGGACCCUACUCCGGGGCGAUGCUAAUGAACCUUGGCCUACAGUAUUCCUUCGAUGCGGAUUAUGCGAGCAAGGUUAUCCUCUUGGAAAAGACGAGCCCAUGA